UUUGGAUGGUGGAUCUAAGAAAGUGGUGGUGGUUGCGUUACUGCUUGUUCUUCUUGUUGUUGUUGCCUGCUACUCUAUAUGUACAAGCAGCUCUUAUUGACAGUGUGAGCUUUUUUUCAAACUCCACAACUGCAAUUUUUUUCCCCACCCCCCCACCUCACUUUUGGCAUCACCAAUUUAUUGUUUUGCUUAGUAACGCUGCUGUCUUCCACCAACACCGGCCAAAUGAACUUAUAAUGACUGUUGGCGUUGUUUAGAGUCCGUCGAUGUCGAAAGCAAACAGGACCUGCCGAACAAACAAACAAAAACAACUCUUCUUUUUUGUUUUGUUUUGUUUUAUUUCUGAAUAUUUCAGAAGGGAGACUUUUUGUUUAUUGUUGUUUUGGUUGUGGUAGGACAAAACAACAUGUUGACGACUACUAUGGAUACGUACCUGGGAGAUUUGUGGAGGAUACCCGCAUGCGCUUGCGUACGCCAUAUGGAUUAUUGUAUAGGGUAGGGGUCCAUUCAGUGUGGUACGAAGAUGUGUCCAUCGAGAGAGUGGACAACAAUUUGCUGUGAAAAUUGUGGAUGUUGCCAAAUUUACUUCCAGUCCCGGUCUUAGUUCAGAUGAUUUAAAAAGAGAGGCCAGCAUCUGUCAUAUGUUAAAACAUCCUCACAUUGUUGAACUACUUGACACAUACAGUGCUGAUGGAAUGCUUUAUAUGGUUUUCGAAUUCAUGGAGGGGUCAGAUCUGUGCUUUGAAAUUGUGAAGAAAGCUACUGCAGGUUUCGUUUACAGUGAAGCUGUUGCUAGUCAUUAUAUGCGCCAAAUGUUGGAAGCUUUAAGGUAUUGUCACACCAAUGACAUCAUCCAUCGAGAUCUCAAACCACAUUGUAUUUUGUUAUCGACUCGAGAGAAUUCGGCCCCUAUCAAAAUUGGAGGAUUUGGUGUAGCAAUUCAAAUGGAUGAGACUGGCAAGGUUUCUGCAGGUCGCAUUGGCACAUCUCACUAUAUGGCACCAGAAGUUGUAAAAAACGAAGAAUAUGGGAAGCCAGUGGAUGUGUGGGGAUGUGGUUUGAUGCUGUUCAUUUUACUGGCAGGUUACCCACCGUUUUAUGGAACGAAAGAAAGGUUGCAGAAGAUGAUUAUCAAAGGAAAAUAUCAUAUGCGGGCAAAACAAUGGGAUUUCAUUUCGGAAUCUGCCAAAGACCUCGUGAAGAAAAUGCUGGAAGUUGAUCCAGAGAAAAGAAUUACUAUUGAAGAAGCCCUCAAUCAUCCAUGGAUUAAGAUGUCUUCCAUCAAGGAAAAAACUAAAAUUCAUCUCCAAGAAACAGUGGAUGAAAUGAAAAAAUUCAAUGCUCGGAGGAAGUUAAAAGGUGCUGUGAUGGCUGCUGUAUCAAGUCCAAAAUGGACAAUGUUUUACCAUGAUCCUCCAUUAACCUAUGAAGAUGAACUUACGUCAUCUGUGAGCAGCCUUCUUCUGUAUUGCACUCCUCAAGUAGAGACAUUAGCGGCUGUGUCUCAGGUGUUGGACAGUCUUGAAGAAAUCCAGUGUUUGACAGAUUGUGCUGAAGCAGAUAAAGAUUUCCUGGAAUCGGUGCUUCAAGACACAAAACUUCAUGCCUUAUUAAACUUGUAUGACCGAAUCAACAGUCAAAAUUUUCAACCUGGAAGCAUUACCCCAUCGCCAACGUCUGAUGCUGUUAGUCAAACAAGAGACAUUCUGGAUGCUCUGAGUGACUAUUCAGACACAUGUGCUAACGAAUCGGAUGAAUUAAAGUCUCUCCUAACGAAACCACAUGUACAGGGUUUAUUACAAGCCCAUGAUGUUGUUGCUCAUGAAGUCUAUGGUGAAGAAGCUAUUCGAGUGACCCCGCCCCCAGAACAACCAUACAUGAAUGGCGAUGCUGAUGCCGACAGUUCCGAUGGGGACAUAGACAUGGAGAAUGUCACCCGGGUUCGACUGGUUCAAUUUCAAAAAAAUGCAGACGAACCAAUGGGUAUUACCUUAAAAGUAAAUGAAGAGGGCCGUUGCUUAGUGGCACGAAUCAUGCAUGGUGGCAUGAUUCAUCGGCAAGGCACACUCCAUGUUGGAGAUGAAAUACGGGAAAUCAAUGGAUUUAGUGUUCGCAAUAAAACAGUGGAAAUGUUACAAAGGAUGUUGAAAUCUCUACAAGGCCCCGUCAGCUUCAAUGUUGUCCCAUCAGCUUCCUCCUGGUACUUCAGUGACAAAUUCGACCAGAGUUUGAACCCCAAAGAGAAAGAAGCACAAGGGGCUGUACCUAGUUACAGAUAUGUUCCGGCUCGGUGUGAGAUAUUUGUUCGGGCUCUGUUUGAUUAUGAUCCAACAUCCGAUGAACUAAAUCCUUGCCCCCAAGCCGGAAUACCUUUCAAAAUCGGAGAUGUAUUACAGGUAAUCAACAAAGAUGAUCCUCAUUGGUGGCAGGCCCGAAAGUGGAAUUCGCCCUCCACUGAGCCAGCCGGUCUUAUACCGUCUCCAGAGUUGCAAGAAUGUCGUGUGGCAUCGGCAGCUUCUGAGAGAGCCAAACAGGAGAGUGCAGGCAAGUAUUCGAAGAAAGAAAAUAUAGACAAGUAUUCCAGACGAGAAAAUGGAGGUCACUGUUCGUGGUUUGGACGGAAAAAAAAAGACAAAUAUUUAGCCAAACUCAAUGCCAUUUUUGACCAAUUGGAUUUAGUUACUUAUGAAGAAGUCGCACGUUUACCUGCAUUUCUACGGAAGACACUGGUCCUUUUAGGCGCACAUGGUGUUGGACGAAGGCACAUCAAAAACACAUUAAUUACAAGUCAUCCAAACAAAUUUGCUUAUCCCAUUCCACACACAACACGACCGCCUCGAAAAGAUGAAGAAAAUGGGAAAAAUUACUAUUUUGUGACACGAAAGAAAAUGAUGGCUGAUAUAGAAGCUAACGAAUAUUUAGAAUAUGGAACACAUGAAGAUGCUAUGUACGGAACGAAAUUAGAAACAAUACGACAUAUACAUGCUGAAAGUCUUAUGGCAAUACUUGAUGUAGAACCUCAGGCAGUAAAGGUGUUGCGAACAGCAGAAUUCUCUCCCUUUGUGGUAUUCAUAGCAGCCCCUACGAUACCAGCUGUGACUGAGGAUGGAAGUUUAGAACGGCUAGCAAGAGAAAGCGAGCUUCUUGAAAAAGCUUAUGGACAUUACUUUGACAUGAAAAUAGUAAAUAAUGACAUUGAAGAAACUAUUCAAAGUCUUGAACUAGCCAUUAAGGAUAUAUCUGUAACGGCACAGUGGGUCCCAGUUAGUUGGGUCUACUGAGAGAUAUAUAACUGGACAAUAAAACAAAACUCUGAACUUGCUAACUGCCUCCUUCACUCGCAACCAAACAUUCUUCAGAUUUUUUGCUGCAACGAAACUAUCAGCAUUUUCUCUGAUAACUUUACCUAUCAAACCCACUUUCCCAUCAAACUGUGAACAAAAUCUGGUCCUUACAAUACGAAACAAAGAUCAGAAAUCAGUUUUGUUUGUUUUUAAUUUUUGGUUUGUUAUAAUUAUUAAACAAAAUUUUUAAAAAUCAUAUAAAAAAUAAAAAUAAAACAACUACACAGAAAAAGAAACUCAUGGCAGAUAAAAAGAGGGAAAAAAAAAAGUAAUAUUUUAUCUGUUUUCUUACCUGAUGGCAUGGUUUUAUCUGAGGUGUAGCGCCUUGAUCCUGUUGACAAAGGAAUAUUACCCUCAUCUCCCUGUUUUGUCAAUUAAUAAUAAAUACAAGGAAAGAAAGGCACAAGAAGAAGAAGAAGAAGAAGAAGAAGAAGAAGAAAGGAAGAAAAUGAAACAUUAAUUACAUUUCAACAAAAAUGUGAAAUGAUAAUUCUGGGAAUGAUUCUGAAAAACGAGACCAAACAAAGAACUAAAUUUCAUUCUUCAUCCAUAUGGCUCAACCUUUCAACAACCAAUCAAUCAAUUUGCUGAGCUUACCUCUAUAUUUUGCAGCAGAGAGUGCAAUUCAAAUUUUUUUUUUUUCUUCAGUGUGUGUGUGGUUUUUAACAUUUUUUUUUUAUCAAAGGUUUGUGAAGAACAACAACAAGAACAAAAACAAUUAUCACAACUCAAAAAAACAAAACAAAAAUUAUUUUUUUCUAACCUUAUCUGUGGUUUGUAUUAACAGAUUUCUUCUCAACAAGUAGCUUGACACAUCUUUAGCAUCUGUUUAGUAAAUAUACAAACAUAUACACACAUAUAUAAAUAUAGACAUAUACAUACACAGAAGCACAAUAUGUGUUAUGUACAUAUGUAUAUAAUCUAUAAAUGCAUAUAAAUAUAUAGAUAAGCGUAUAAAUUUGUAUACAUACAGACUACAUACAUUUAUAUAUAUAUAUACAUACACACAUACACAUUAUAUUUACAUAUACAUAUUAUAUAAUAAACAAUUUUCUAACUAUGUUUUUUUUUAUCAAAAACAUUUCAUCUGUGUAUCAGACUAUUUUAUUUGGACCAAACUUCCAAAAUCCAUUUUCAUCAGCGUUUCCAGGUUAUCUCCAGCACAUCUUCAGGAUGUGGGUUCUGUACAGCCCUUUAUAGAGUUGACAGCUUGUUUACAUAGAUUUUCCCUGCCAGAAUUUUACUGUUAGCAUAUUCAAGCCCUAGAUCUCUCGAUCUGUGUUUAUGAUGUAUGUGUAUGCUGUUUGAUAAUUGCAGCCUUGUGUGGUGGCUAUAUUAGUAUUGCCCCCAUGAUCAAUUGUCUGUUUCUGUGUGGAGGAAAUAUUUUCUGUUAAUAUCUUCCUGUAGAGCUAAUAUUGCAACACAACACUACAAAUAACAUUCAACAUACAUCACAAGUGAAGACCUGAUGGUGUGGAACUUGAACACUCAGUCAAAUUCUUGUGGCAUAACCAUAAGCCGUCUAUCAAUGAAACAAGCAUUACAAAACCCACCAUGCUUCCACAUCCUGAAGACGAUGUUCAGAUGGCCUAGAAACAUUGCUAAAGAUAAAUUUGGGAGAUCUAUUACUCCAAAUUGUAAAGGUUUGAUACACAGAUAUGAGAAAAAAAUGUUAAUAAAGAUUAAAUUGCAACAUAGUUAUGUUCCCAAUAAAUGUUUAAAAGAAAAGUUGUUUCCCAUUCAUACAAACAUAUAGACAGAUGCAUAUGUGUGCAAUGUGUGAGUGCAUGUAUGUAUAUCAUACAUACAUAUAUGUACAAGUCUUGUAGAAUAUGUAUGUAUAUGUGUGUGUAUAUAUAUAUAUAUAUAUAUAUAUAUAUAUAUGUACAUAAGCACACACACACAAUAUAUAUAUAUACUAUAUAGAUAUAUAAAUAGAAUUUUAAUAUCUCAUAGGAAAAAUAAAUCCAUUAUCCAUAUUCACACUAAAGCAAAAGAAAAACAAAAAUUAAUUUAAAAAAAUAAUAUAAAAUAAAAUAAUGGGCGAUGCCACAUCAUAAAAUUACCAAUAUCACUUGUGAAAGAACAAUUGUGAUAUUGAAGUAAUUUUAUCUCAAACUGUUAACCCUGCAUGAUUCUCCAAACUGGGAAAUGUGCAGAGAUCUCUUUCAACCCUUCUCACAUCUUUCUAUAAUUCGCUCUUUUUUAAGAUUCUUCUUUCAAAAAUUCCACUUUUAAUUCUCUCAAAAUUGCUCUCUUAUUUAACUCACAGCAAUAUAACAUCCAUACAUUUUACCAAAUCUGCUCUUGUUGGGGUGGCGGGAUAAGGUGAGAGGAGAGGGGUGAGAUUAAUAGUGUAAAAAAAAAAAAGCGAAAAAAAAACUUGUUCUAAAUCUCACUCUUGUAAACUUUCAUCUUCUGUCAUUUCUCUUUUAAAAUUAAUUAAUGUUUUUCAAAUUGAAAAAUCUUUAUAUUAAUAAUAAUAUGACAGGUUUCUGAACAGACAAAAAAACAAAACAAAAAAAGUCAUUUCUUUCUUUCUUUCCUUUCUUUCUUUCUCAGGAUUAUGGAGAUUUUUCUCUCUUUCACUUCCAUUGUUUGUUUUUUGUUUGUUUGUUUGUUUUUACACAACUGUAAACAAAUUUUGUAGAGAGUUUCAUAGAACGAGAAGUUAUACCCCUCCCAGGAAAUGGAACCCACAGCCUGAUCUUGAUUCCUGGUUUCAAAAGAUUCUUUCCUUACACCACUAAUACUCCAAAAAAGUAUGAAGACCACAACAUCCCACUCUCCACUCCCUUAAAUGUAUCUGGCUCUUGUGCCUAGUAAAAAGAGACUUUUUUUUUUUUUUUAAAGAGAAAUAAGUAAAUUAUACAAAUACGACUUAUUUUUUAAUAUGAUCAAUUUAACAUUUGUAAAAUGAAUUAGGCUUUUCAGGUGGUUUGAAAAAUUUUCGUAAUCUAGAUUCUUUAUUAUACAAAUACACUGAUGCGCUUGUGUGUGCAUGAAAUUUCAAACAGACAAAAAAUAUUUCAGUUGGUAAAUUACAACUAAAAGAAUUUGGAACUAAGAUAUUUAGCUUUUGUCAACUUCUACUUUUUAACUGAGAGAAAUUCAGUAGAAAUUGUAUAUUUCAGAAAAGUGAAUUAAAAGAAGACAAAACCAAUUGUUUCUGCGAGUAAAGAUCAGCUAAUGGCACUCCUUAUCUGACAAUUACUCACAUGAAACAUAAACACUGAAGAACUGAGUGAACUUCAGACGAUCUUUAAUUAGUGUUAAUGACUUCGUAAAAGACUUUUCGUUCUUCAAUUUAUCUGUAGCAAAUUAUUCUGGCAGACCUCAUCUGUCUACCAUGUGAGUGGCAGAAUUUGAAUUCACCUCCACAAACUAACAAUUCAUCAGUUGUCCAGUACUCUCGCUGCUUAAAGGAGUCCAUGUUUACAAUUGUGUUUAGGGCCUGAAUUGCAGUGAUAAGGUUAGAUUGAGAACUGUUGAGUGGGGUUAGGGUUAGGGUUAGGGUUAGGGUUAGGGUCACUGAGUGUUAAGCAGCAUCCUACCUACAAGAUUUGUGUAGUGCUCAAUCAACAGACACUGAUGACCAAGGCCCUGAUGACCAACACAGGCCAGGGCUCGAUCAACCGGGAUUUUUGAAGUCCUAUCAAAUAAGACUUGAGAAGAAUUCUUUCAAUAGAGAAUCUUGUUCAAGACCCUAUCAGUUAGCUCACCUACAACCCUGUAUAACCAGAUUAGUGGAUUAUAAAUAAAUAAGACUACUUGGUUUCAAAGUUUUGAAUUGGUCAGUUCAUCUAACAUGUAUUUUGUAUUCUGACUGAUAGAAAUAAAACAACACAUUCUACAAGACCAAACAAGUGGUGGAGAUGAUAUACUCUUGCUAAGAAUGUUGUGUAAAUGACUGUUUACAGCCAGGGUGGUGUGAGCUUCAAUACUUGCAGUCAGACAUAAAACUCAAUAUUAAUUAUAGAAUGCUUCUCUAGAGCCAGUGACACAAGCGAGAUAUCAACAAUGGGACGUGAACAAAUAACUUUUCAGUCAGUACUCUAACAUGCUACCAACUUAGCCAGCAGUAACUCUACACUUUCUGGGAGUGGGGAGGGAGUAAUAGACAUUUUUUGGCAGCUAUCAGACAUAUACUGUUCACACUCAACACCACAAAUCCAUCCCACCCUCUUUCAUUUAUUUAUAUUUUUCAAUUUUAUUUUUUAUCAUUUAGUUAAAAAAAAAAAAAGUGGAACAGAUUUGCAGUGAAAAUAUUUUCAAUGUUUAGGGCACAUAUUUUCACUGUUAUUAUUAUUUUUAUUGCUCAAAUCUCAAUGAGGUCAACUGCUUUUCGCCUGUUCAGGGGUUGAUGAAAGUACCAGUCAAACACUGGAGUUGAUAUAAUCAACUUAAUCCCUCCUCCUAAAAUCACUGGACUUAUGUCAAUAUUUGAAAUUAUUAUUAUUAAGGUAGUAGAUUGAUAAAACUAUUAGCAUACUGGGAAAAAAUGCCUAGUGGUAUUUCUUCCAACUCUUUAUGUGCUGAAUUCAGAUCCCACCAAGGUCAACUUUAUCUUUCAUUCUUUCAGGAUUGAUGAAAUAAAAUAUUAAUUAAGUAUUGAGGUUGAUGAGAAUGACUUAACCAACACCUCUUAAUUAGGUGAGUCGGUGGAAUCAUUGGAGCAUUGGAAGAAUGCUUUGUGGAAUUUUUUUCUGGUUUUUUAUGCUGAGUUCACCAUUGCUUUUCAUCCCUCUAAGGUUGAUAAAAUAAAGUACCAGCCAAGUGCUGGGGAUCAAGGGUAUCAACUCACCCCUCCCCUAAAAAUAAUAGUAGUAAUAAUUAUUAUUAUUACUAUUAUUGUGUUAGCCAGGAUUAGAGUUUUCGGGUACCAAGUGGUCAGAAAAUAUUGUAUACAUAAAAUGAGGGACAUGUUUGAGGUUUGGUAAUGAUUUACUGGUUUCAGGUUUCUUUUUUUUUUUUCUAUAUUUUGCUUUCUUUCUAAACUUCCUAUUAUAUUUUGGGGGAAUUUGAAAAUCUUCGGAAUUUGAUUAAUGGAAUUUCAAACUUUAUUGGUUCAAACAAAAAGGAAUCCUGUUUCUAAACCAUAAAACCAUAUUUAUGAUGGGAAGAACUAUCACAAUCAAUCAAACCCACAUUUCAAAUAUUAUUAUUGUUGUUGCUCUUAGUUACAUUAAAUUAAUCUAUUACUAAUAAAAAUGAUAAUGAAGGUGUGUGAUAAUAGGGAAGAAGGUGACACUUGGUAUGGAAGGUUAAUCUGCCUCAGGCUACUGGGCUGGCAGAAGUUUUGUACACACUUCAUAGCCAAGUGAUCAACAGAGUUAAGAACAGCUUUAGACAAAAUUCCAAACCAAAUUUCGAUUUCGCUUGUCUUCAGUUGCUAAAUCCUUGUACCAUCAACAUCACAACCUCCCAUUUCUCCUCUAGAUAAAUCUUAGCAUCGACCGACGAAAUCAUCAUCCUCAUCAGUUUCAUUAACAUGGUUACUUCACAGAAAUGAUGGGAUACUUAACUAAGUAUCUUGUCAAAGAAUAUAAUUUCAUUUCCUGAUAUUCUCAGUUCAAAUUACACCAAAGUCAACAUUUCAUCCGAUGCUCAUAAAUUUUAAGUACCAGUGACAUACUGAGGGUUAGUUAAACUAACACUCCUUCCCUAAGACGUUGCUUUGUGCCAAUGUUAGAAAUCAUCAUCAUCAUCAUUAUGGUAAAUGCCAAUGAGAAGGCAAUAAGCUCUUGCAGGACCAAGUCUGGAGUGAAUUCACCUUUAGAAUUAAUACUGAGGAGAAAAACCCAGUUUGUUGUCCCAAACUCAUCAACUCUACGUAUUUGGGCUCGAGUAAUUCCUUAUUCUCCACAGAAUUAAAGACAAAGUACUUAAAGAACUGCACCAGAGUUCCAUCGCUACCAAGUUUCUGAUGCUAUCAAAAUCGUUUCAAUGUAUCUUCAGGCAGUGCCCUUUGGCUGCAAUCCUUUACGCAUUUCGGAAUUAAAUGUGGAAAAGUAUGCACUGUGCUCACUGGGGAAAUGCCACCUUUAAUGGCUGGACAGAUACACUGCAUAUAAGAUGCAUAAACAUUCUUAUAUUACAUACAUAAACAUUUAUACUAUAUUUACUUCGAUGUGAAACAAUCCUGAACUUAGUGGGGGUGGGGGUGGAGCCAAAGGGGAUGUUAAUUUUCUCUCCAAAACUCCUUGGUCUACAAUAUACACAUACAUACAUACAUACAUAUAUAUAUAUAUAUAUAUAUAUAUACAUAUGUACACAUACAUAUAUACAUAUAUACACACAUACAUAUAUACACAUACAUAUAUACACAUACAUAUAUACACACAUACACAUACACACAUAUAUACACAUACAUAUAUACACAUACAUAUAUACACACAUACACAUACAUAUAUACACACAUAUAUACACAUAUAUACACAUACAUAUAUACACACAUAUAUACACACAUAUAUACACAUACAUAUAUACACUAUGUAUACAUACAAACACUAUAUAUACAUACACACACACAUAUAUAUAUACAUACAUAUACACAUAUAUACAUACAUAUAUAUACAUACAUACAUAUAUAUAUAUAUAUAUAUACAUAUACACACUACAUAAACAUCUGGUGGGCAACACGGCAUUUGCCGUCACAUCCAAUACUGUGAUGAUGUGAUAGAAUAAAUACGAUUACAUAUACAUUUAUGAAAUAAUGUUUGUCUACAUAUAUAUAUAUAUAUAUAUAUAUAUAUAUAUAUAUAUAUAUAUAUAUACAUACAUGAGACUGCAGUGUCAAUGCCCUGUAGUGUUGUGCUCAUGUAUAUCACUAGCAACGGAGGGAGCAGGGUUCUAGUUUCACUAUUUCAUUCCUCUCUAUUCCUAUUAAUUUAUCUAUGAUUGGUUUAUCUCCUUUUUGCUUACCUCUGCGCCACUUUUUUUCUCUCUGUCAGUUUCAAUAUAUGUUCUAUGAAAAUCUAGUUCAAUUACAUAUGCAUACACACAUCUAUAUAUAUACAUAUAUAAAAUAUAUACAUAUACAUAUAUAAAAUAUAAAUUGUCCACGUUAGUGGUCGACAUUUUUUAAAAAUAUAUAAAAUAUAUAUAUAUAAUAUAUAUAUAUAUAUAUAUAUAUAUAUACAUAUAUAUAUAUAUUUAUUAAUAUUUAGAAGUAACAGAAUGACUCAAUGUCCAUACUCACACACACACACACACACACACACACACACAAUUAUAUAUGGUAAGAAGGAAAGAAAAAUGUUUAAAUAAAAAAAAAAAAAGAGAUUCCCUCCUUCUCAUUCUAUGUAUUACUCUAUUAUUUAACUGGUUCCAGCCAGAGGGCUGUGGCCAUGCUGGGGCACCGCCAUUAGUUGGUUUCUUUCACAAUUUGGUGCUAAUUUUUAAUAAAGCAUUUUAUUGGUUACAAUAUUAAAAAAAAAAUAAAGAAAAAAUCAAAAUACAAAACAUCUGUAAUGAUAAUAAAAAAAAAAAAAUCCCCUUUCAAGACAUUUUAAAGAAUUUCAGACCCUUUCCAACAUUCCCUGUCUUCCUUGCCAUAUUGGGUAGUUUUUUCUUUUUUUGUGUUGUUUUUUUUGUUUUUGUUAUUUUACCUUCCUAAUUAAGUUGGUUUGCAUAUAUGUGUGUAUGUGAAAGGGAGAGAGAGAGAGAGAGAGAGAAAGAGAGAGAAAGGGAGAGAGAAAGAGAGAGAGAGGGGAGGUUGUUUGUGUUUCUGAAGUAAGUCUUCAACUGUCAAACAAUAGAAACACUUCCAAAAAAAAUAAAAUAUAAACAGAUAUUUAAAAAAAAACUCACUUUGGUCUUGUAAAUAUAUAAAAGAAUAUUUCAACACAAACAUGCAAAAAAGAUAAUUAACUUUAAUGGUUUUUAAAAAUUAAUAAAAUUAUAUUAACCACCCACCCCCUCAUAUUGGUAUUAUGUAAGAUUCAUGAUCUUUAACUAGGAAAAUGGAAUUGUUUCUUCUAAGAAGUAUUGAAUAAAUAAUCCACCUGAAAUUUAACAGAAUAAUCCCUCUCCAUCUUUGAAAUAAAAGAUGGACUAGUCUAAGUUCGAAACCAAAAGGACACUGUCUCUCUCUCUAAUGGAAAUUUAGAUGUUUUGAGGUUUCUUUUUAAAAGUUAAAGGAAGUAGUAUCAGUGACCUUUGCCGAUCCUCUCGGGCAGGUGAGAUUCAGGUGGCAAAUGUUAAACUUUGCUAAAAUCAGGUGGUGUGUAAGUCCUGCUUGGGAAGUGAUUUGUCAUCUAUGUACAAAAGACAAGGUAUUUAGGGCUAUACAACUGAACAAGUGUGCCAGUGAGGGAGUUGAGUUGUUGCUGAACUACUCAUUGAACAAUAAGGGAGUAUCCAUCUAGUUGAACUACUUAGUGAAUAAUGAAGGAGUACCUAUGUAAGUUGCUUCAACUAUUCAAGGAAACAUUCUAGGAGUAUCUGUUUCAUUCCAAAAAUAAGAAAUCCAUAUGAGAAAACCUUGGAGAUUAGAUCAAUACUGUGGUGGCCCUGACAGGUGUCACAUUGAAUAACUCAAGGUGAUCUCAACAACACAGUCGGAUUGAUUAUGGCUUAGCCUAAUACUGUGGUAGUCCAAAAACCACAACAUAGCUUUGCAGUUGACUAAAAUAAAGCAAAACACUUGAUGGUAAAUCAAUCUUUGAGCAAUGUUCCACUCAAAGUUUCCUGAUCAAUCAUGGAAACGGCUAGGAGCAUGUAUUACACUCUUAGUCGAGUAUUUACUAACACUGAGUAUUGGUGGUGAUAGUGAGUUUUGUAAUCAUUAGGGCACCUUUGACCAUUCCAUUGACCCCUCUAGUAUGUCUAGAGGGUAUCAUUCUUGCCUGGCAGAGCCUAGAUUUUUUGCAAGCUCUACCACAAGUUGAACUCUGCAAAUUCUAUUAUACUCCUACUACUUACAAAUGAUGAGGUGCACCACUUCAUAUUUACAUCCCAUUGUACUAAGGUGGGGUAGCUACUUUAUUCUAGGGGUUUAAGUCAAUGUGAAAUACAGUAAUGGUUAUAGUAUAUAAAUCAACAGUAGUUGUACAUUGUCUAAACCCUGCUGUGAGUCUUCAAAUAUAAAUAAAUAGUCUUAUUGUAAAAAAGACAGUUUCAUUCCUUAAUAAUUCUCACCAAUUCUAAGAAAUCCUUAAUAUUUCUACAGUUUUUGUUAUUCAAAAUUUUUUCCUUUAUCAAUUUUUGCAUAAAUUUCUCCUUUUCUCAAUUCUAACUACUUCUGUUUUUUCUAAUUUUUAUUUUCUAUACUUGUUCCUGUUUUUUUUUUUAUGCAGAAUGGAAGACAAAUAUUUUUCCCUCUUUUAAAAUUGGAAUAAAAGUAAGAAAACGAAGAUAGGUAGAAAUGGUAAAAGAUUGAUGGAGGAUAUAUUUAAGUCAAAAAUUUAAGCAAAAUCAAUAAAAAUAAACAACAAAAUUACAUAAAUCGAAAACAAAGCAAAAAAAAAAAAAAAGACAGAAAUUGGAUUGUGAGAGUGAAAAAUCAACUUUGAUAGAGGUAAUUCAUCAUUUCAACACUACUCCCCAAACAUCAACAUUGAUACUCCUCCAAAUAUCAGUGUUGUUAUUCUCUGAACAUCAAUGUUGAUAGAGGAACUCAUCAUUUCAAUAAUGCUCCCCAAACAAUGUUGAUACUCCCCAAACAUCAAUGUUGAUAGAGGUACUCGUCAUUUCAACAAUCCUCCCUAACAACAUCAAUGUUGAUUCACCUCAAACAUCAAUGUCUAAUAGUCAUUCUUUUUUUUUUUUUUUUUCGGGUUCUGUUAUUUGGUCAGCUUUUUUCUGACAAUAAAGAUUAUUAAAAAAUA